ACAAGCAUGGCUUCUUCAGCCCCUGAUGGCAACACAUCAUCUCUUCCCAUGGAAACUCUGGAGGGGCAAACCGAACAACCAGCUUCUGUUAGGAAAGAUGGUGGAUGGAUUCCAGCACUUCUGAUCAUCGGAUGUGCAAUGAGCUCAACUGUUGCCAUUUAUGGAGUAACCACGGACCUCCUGCAGUUCCUCGAUCACAAGUUUAACAUCAACAGUAUCAGAGCGUCCCAAAUUACCAACAUAAUCAACUCGCUCAUGAAUUUGACGCCCGUUGCCGGUGCCAUCCUGUGUGAUUCUUACUUGGGGUGCUUCUCAACCAUCGCCAUAGCCACCCUUAUCUCUUCCCUGGGGACUCUGUUGUUAACGUUCACUACAGUGGUGCCAGCACUAGGGCCACCUUCAUGUGAUCAUUCACUGGGCCGAUGUCCUCCCCCCUCACCGCUCCAGUUUGCCUUUUUAUGCUUAGCCUUUGGAGUAACAACGCUUGGUGCUGGGGGUACAAGCUUCACCUUUGUGGCAAUGGGUGCGAACCAGUUUAAUAAGAAAAAGGAUCAGGAAGUUUUCGUUAACUGGUUCUUCUUCUCAACCACAAUUGCGAUGGUAGUUGCAUUCACAGCAGUUGUUUACAUCAUGGACAUUGUAGGAUGGAACUGGAGCUACGGAGCCUGUACAGUGCUCAAUGUCAUCAGCUUCAUCCUGUUUGUUAUAGGCAAACGCUGCUACCGGAACGUGAGGCCGAAAGGCAGUCCCUUUGUCAGCUUAGCACAUGUUGUGGUCAGUGCAAUUCGGAAGAACAUGGCUAGAUUAUCAGUGAAUGAAGCCAACUACCAUCAUGGGAAUGAUCCAAACGCCAAGCAUCCACAGCUGACUUCUAGGUUCAGAUUCAUCAAUAAAGCAGCUGUCAUAACAGAGGGUGACAUCCAUUCAGAUGGCUCAAUAGCGAAGCCCUGGCGACUCUGCUCUAUACAAGAAGUUGAGGACCUCAAGACUUUGCUCAAUUUGUUUCCUCUGUGGUCCACUGGGAUCUUCCUCAAUGUUGCCACUGGCAUUCAGGCUAAUCUUACAAUUUUGCAGGCCCUUACCAUGGAUCGCUCUUUAAGUCAUCACUUUAAGAUCCCUGCUGCUUCUUUCCAGGUUUUUGUUUUUGUCAGCAUGGUGAUUUUCCUACCAAUAAUCGACAGAUUCUUUUACACAUUUUGCCGAAUCAUUACCCCAAUGGCAUAUGUUGAAAGAAGGAGGCUGCAAGCAGUGCAUAUACAUGGGCUUGGAGAUGGGCCUGAGGUAAUGGCACCAAUGACAGCCCUUUGGCUAAUGCCACCACUUGCACUCAUUGGAGCUGGCUCAGCUUUCUACUAUCCAGGGCAAGUGAGUUUGUACUACCAAGAAUUCCCAGCAUCACUUAAGAACACAGGCACCUCUAUGAUGUCAUUGACAAUGGGAAUUGGGUUUUACUUAAGUGCAACUGUUGUAGAUCUGGUUGGAAAAGCCACAGAAUGGCUUAACGAUGAUAUAAACCAGGGGCAUCUUGACAAUGUCUACUGGAUGCUUGCUGUGCUGGGAGGUAUCAAUUUCGUUUACUAUAUCAUUUGUGCCAAGUACUACAAAUUACAAAGUGAUGGCUAACGGCUUUACUAAAUCAGUCAGCUUCUGAUACAGAAUGUAGUGACAUCCAGUAAAUUAGAAUACAAUUGGCUUUGUUAGAAUUGUAAGACUUGAAGUUUCAUUUUGCCAUGUUUA